AUGGGUGCUAGUUGCAAGGACCAGAAGAAAGCCUUGGCCAUUUGUCUACAAAGAUCGCCUUGUGUACUCAUUCAGAGACAUACUCCUAAAGAAUGCCUCACUGAUCCAGAACUUCGGAAGGACCUACCUGAGCUUUGUGCCGCAAAUUUCAGAGCGUUCAUAGAGUGUAAGAACGGUUUUUUUGACAUGAGAAAGCGAAUGAGAGGAAACGCUCCUUUGUCUACGGGGAAAUAUGAUGACACAUACGAAAAGCUCUCGAGUGGAGACUUUGAUCCACACGAAGAAAUGAGGAAACUCGAGAGACUCAACAAGAACUUGGCCAGACAGAGAGAGCUGGCAGAGGAAAGUACGACUCGAACAGCAUGA